GUCCUCCCAUUCUCACUGCGCAUGUGCGGCUCCCGGAGUGCGCAGCGCGGCGAUCUGCGAGUGCUGAUGAUCAGUGUGCCCUGAUGAUCAGUGUAGCCCCAGCAGUGCCACCUGUCAGUGUCCAUCAGUGCCAGCUGUCAGUGUCCAUCAGUGCCACAUCAAUGCCACAUAUCAGUGCCUACCAGGGCACAUCAAUACCACAUAUCAGUGCCCAUCUGAGCUGCCUUUCAGUGGCACCCAUCAGUGCCAAUCAGUGCCACCUAUCAAUGCCAAUCAGCCACCUAUCAGUGCUGCCAAUCAGUGCCACCUAUCAGUGCCAGUCAGUGACGCCUAUCAGUGCGCAUCAGUGCUGCCUAUCAGUGCUCGUCAGUGCCGCCUAUCAGUGCCAGUCAGUGCUGCCUCUCAGUGCCAUAUAUCAGUGCUGCCUUUCAGUGCCCAUCAGUGAUGCCUGUCAAUGCCCAUCAGUGCUACCUACCAGUGCCUCCUCAUCAGUGCCCAUCAGUGCCACCUAUCAGUGUCUAUCAGUGCAGCCUAUCAGUGCCCAUCACUACAGCCUCAUUAGCGCACAUCAGUGAAGGAGAAAAAUCACUAAUUUACAAAAUUUAAUAACAAAAACUAAGAAAAAAACAUUUUUUAUUCCAAAAUUUUCAGUGGUUUUUGGUUUGUUUAAGAAAAAAUAA